CUUCUCUUAGUCGCCUCUCUCGUGCCCGUCGAUCGUUUCUCUCAUAAUUCUGAAGUUUCCCAGUCUCUUCCUUCCUGUCUGCCUGUUACUUCUCUCGUUUCCGUGCAAGCGCGCGCGUCUCUUUCCUUGAAGUCUUCUACCUUUCCGAGAGAGCUUCUUUUUACUGAUCGCGAUAGUCGUCUAGAAGAUGAUUUUUCUUUCUGUUAUAUGGCUGCUGGCAGCUUGUUCAACGACUGUAAUGCCAGGACCGGUACCACAGCAUUUUCGAAGACUGCCGCCUCCGAGAUAUGCGAACACCUCGUCAAUAGCAUCCACUAUUGCUGCGGGAUCCUUCGAAGGAUCCGGUACAGCUGUGGAAUUGUCAACAGCACACGGUGCUUCACCCUCAACUGCGCAGCCAGUCGAUGCAGACACUGCUGUCGUCGUAAGCCCCAUCGAAAAGACCAUCUUCACCUCGCUCCAGCCGGCAAUUACCUUCGUUGAUCCGCAUGGCCAACCGCUUGUCACGCAGCCAGAGCAGACCGUCCUUUCAACGUCAUUCGUAACUAAGCCAACGCCAUCCCCAAUACCGACCCCCACGGAUACCCCAAGCCCUCCGACUACCACGCCUUCGGGUGAACCGACGGGCGGCGACUCUUCGACUCCUCUCGUCACUUCUGGGGAUCAGUCAGAUGAGCCUUCCGGCACAUCAUUCAGCAGAAAACUGAAACACGGUACAAGCACCACAGCGAGCGGGACGGGAUACAAUGGCCCGAUGUUCACGUACUCUCUAGACGAAAGCGGGACAGCAGCGUCUUCUUCGUCGAUCAGUCCGGCCACAGCGACAAACCCAAGCUUAACAACAAACCUGCGACAAGCGACUAACACGUCCCUGACCGGCAUCAUCGCAUCGACUACUGCGCAAGCCUCCACCACACUAUCUACUACCCCAGAUUUCCCGCCGACACCGUCGUUAAGCGCUCUAUCCUCAUCCCAAAUCAUCUCACCAGCUCCAUCAAGCGCCGACGAAUCCCCAACCCUCGUAAUAGUAACUCAAACCAUCUUCACAACCAUCUUCCCCACCGCCACAUCUGAGCAGCCGAGUCCAACAUACGCGUCCUCGUCAGCAGCAGGCGGCCAGGAACCCGUCCCGUCAUCCUCUACAACCGCCGCCGGACUCCCCACAACUCCGCUCUCACCCCCACCGGUCGUAAUCGUAACGCUGUACACAACCGUAACACCCGUGCCUUCUUCCACUGCCGCUCAAACGUCAGCAGCCACAACAGUAGUCAGCAGCGACUCGCCCCCGACCGCGCCACCAGAAUCCUCCUCUGCGGCGUCCACGCAAAAUACUCCGACGCCCGAGCCGUCAUCAACCACGCCUCCUCCUUCACCACCUGAGUCUUCCACCACCACCGCUGCGGCAUCGGCAUCGGCAACGCUAUCAGGCGCCUACUCCUCAGAUCCUAUACCUACGCUUACGCCUCAGGAGCCGUCUCGUUCCUCUGCUGUGCUGUCAUCAUCGCCCGAAUCAGUGCCUUCUUCAACUUCAGACGCGCCGUUGAUCGUCACGCCAAUUCCGCCGAGUCAGAUCUUCACCGUAACAGUUACGACGACUGAAAAGGAGACGGUCACAGUGACUACUACGGUGACGGCAUAAGCGAAGUGCGACUGUGCCUAAGAAAAUGUAAGAUUCACUGCAAAAGCAAUUGCAGCCUUAUUACUGGAUUGAUUCAUUGGGGCUAGUCCCGC